AUGCCUAAAAGAAGUAGAAAGGGAGACCAUGAAGGCCGGGUGAGGCUGUAUACAAGCCCCAGCAAUGUCAGUGUCCAGCAGCAGGCUGAGAAUCAGAAAGCCAACAAAGAAGAUGAAAAAGUAGAAGGUAGAGACGGGGCUUCAGGUGACCCCCAAAAGGAGAAGUCUCUAGACACAGAGAAGAGUGAAGACGAUGACUACCAGCAAAGGCAAAAAGGUGUAGAAGGGCUCAUUGACAUUGGAAACCCCAACCGGGUGGCACAGACAACCAAGAAGGUCCCCCAACUGGAUUUGGAUGGGCCAAAGGAGAUUCCAAGGAAAGAACUAGGAGAAACUGAGAAGCAGAAAGCAAAGGAGCACUACAUGACAAUGCAUUUGGCUGGGAAGCAGAGUAGCCCAAGGUGGGAGGAGGCAGCAAGAAAGAAAGAGGGGAAGAGGAAAGCAAAAGAUGAUGCAACUUUGUCAGGAAAACAAAUGCAUUUGCUCUCCCUGAAUAAGCAAGCUGGCCUCAGAAGCCCUUUAUUGCCAGGAUCCCCUAUGGCCUGGGGCCAUCUCUUCAUCUUGGCACACUGGAAUUCACAGGUUCAUAUUUGCAGGCAUGGCUUCAAGUGCUGCCAGCUCCUCGAGGAGUUCAGCCAUGCUUUACCUUCUUUGAACCUUAGCUCCCACAUCUGCGAGCACCUCCUGCCUCCAGGUUUCUACCCUGAGUUCCUUCAGCAGCAGACUGUGAUAUGGAAGGAUAAUAAAAAUGAGCCUCUUUGCUCCCCAAAUUACUCAUGGUCACUAUGUUUCAUCACAGCAAUAGAAACUCUAACUAAGACAGAUGGCAAAGGUGUCCUCACAGACGCUGAAGCAAACAUGACUGUGUCAGCAGCUCAAGCUGUGCCUCAUAUGACUCUGUUUGAUGAGUCCUCCCACAUUUUUGGCAUCUGUCUAGGUAUCUGA